GCCUUCGUGGGCCUACCAAAAUCCAUUGUAUGAAGGGUUUGUCCGUCAUGGCGGCUUGGACAGGUUGAAGUCUACAUAGUAGACGUAGCGCUGUAGUAGUGUAAGUGAUCCCAGCCCCCACUGGCACCAGUCCCCAUCUUACAAGGCCUUCACAUUCGUCCAAACUUCUGCGACAACUUGAUAGGCCCAUGGCCCCGAAUCCUUCGUCUACUCCCUGUUUGCUCCUUUUCGACUGAUCCUUCACUCAAUUGGGCGUCAACACAUUGAAGAAAGGCCGCCAUAUUUGGUUGUGUCUUUUUUUAAUCCAUUUUUUAUGCUUAUAACACGUCGACCGCCACUUUUGCCGGACAAAGGCCCUCGUCCUUCGCAACUUCCUCCCCCUCCCCUUCAGCAUUCCUUCUCGAUACCCCCGUGCAGUUCUCACUCACUGCUUUCAACUCAUCAAAAUCACCUCUUACGAACGGUUCGGUCAGAGCGCCCACUAUUACAAACAACCAUCAACAACUUCUCGCCUAUCUAUAUCACGUAAAAUGCAUACCCAGCUCGUUUACUUUGCCCUGUUUGCUGGGCUUGCCGGUGCUGCCGGCUUGGAAAGCAAGUCCAUCUAUGCUGUGGAGGCUAUCAAAUCCAUCAUGCCUGGGGCCUUGACCGAUUGCUCGCAGUUCGAAUUCUCUAAGGAGUGCAGGACACCGGAGGAGGCUGCUCCCCAUCUGAUCAACUCCCUCAAGGGCCGCACCACAGGCGAGAUUGCUAUGAUCCUGUCGCUCAUCGGCGUCGAGAGCGGUGAUUUGAAGUUCAGGAUCAACCAUUUCCCAAGCCCAGGCCACCCCGACCAAGGCACUGCGAAUAUGAUGUCGCCCAUGUAUGUCAGCGAGUAUGCAAAAGACCUCAACUUGCCCAUCGAAGGCAAGUCAGGGCCGGAGAUUUUGCAGCUUGUCAUAGCGGACGACUUUCGCAAUUUUGACUCUGCCCGUUGGUUCGUCGACAAGCAUUGCUCGGACGAGGUGAAGGCUAAAAUGAAGAUGGGCACCGACGAGGGGUACAGCGAUUAUAUCACAAAGUGCGUUGGCACCACCAUGGCGGAUGAUCGGCAACGGUAUUGGGACCGGGCCAAGAAGGCAUUUGACCUCAGUGGUUAGGUCGAGGCUAGAGACAGCGAUAUGGGGCUCAUAAAUGAGCAUGAACGGUAGUCUGGGGCAAGCGGUGUCUUAUUCUGUUCCUUAUAUGUUACAUCUGGUGUUCGGGAAGCAGCAAAGCUGCCUUCGCUUCCCCGGGCAAUGAAAGGCUGGUUCUGGCUUCGGGUUGUGGCCUGUGUAGAUGCUAGAUAAUGCGUUGUACCGUAACUGAAAGAUGGAACGAAUUCUUUGCUGAAGAAUCAAGGUGUAAAAAUGUGAAUAAAGGUAUGACUAGAAUCGAACGACGUUAAAGGCGUA